UUUCAAUGACUGGUCAGAGAUUCAAAACACUAAAACCAAAGAGCACAAUUUUUCUCAGUCAAACCUCCUUCACCACCAUUAAAAUCCCCAUAGCCAACCCUAAUCUUCAUCUCACCAUGAGAAUUCUCUUCACUUCGAAACUUCAAUUUUAGUUUAGUUUUCUCUUUCAGCUAAGAAGGGAAAUGGAGAUGAUCCAAAACCAAGACAUAAAAAUGCUUAUGGAUUUGUUAAACCAAGGCAAUGAACAUAUAAUGGAGCUUGAAGCACACCUUGAUAAUCACCAUAAUUUCUCUUCUGAAACUUGUUUGCUGUUAUCCAGCAAAGUUCAGGCUACAUUCUCUGCAGCAAUCACCAUGACUAAGCUCAUAGAGCAGAGGAGCUACAGGUUCCCACCUUCUGCUACCAACAGCCAUAGUUCUGAGAGAAGCUUCAAGGAGAUUGAAAGAAGGGAGAUGUGCAAGAAGAGGAAGAGUUUGCCGAGGUGGAGUGGACAAGUUCAAGCUUGUUCUGGUUCGGCCAUGGAGAUUGCAAUAGAAGAUGGACAUAGCUGGAGGAAGUAUGGACAGAAGGAUAUUCUUGGAGCUAAGUUUCCAAGGUGCUACUACAGAUGUACCCAUCGUCACUCCCAUGGCUGCCUAGCUACAAAGCAUGUACAGCGCUCAGAUAACAACACUUCCAUCUUCAACAUCACAUACAGAGGAGCUCACACCUGCAUCAAUGGCGCCCAUAAACCUCUCAUUUCAACUAACGAACAGAUUAUACAUCAAAACCAGAGCUUUAAGGUGAAGAACGAAGCUCUGAGCUCAACGGAUCAGAAACCAGAGUCUCCUUCUUCAUUCUCUUUCCCCUCAACGUCUGCAAUCUGCUUGAAACCUGAGAGCAACGUAUUCUCCUCCGCUUCAAAUACAGAGAACUACGUGGGUUUGGAUUCAGAGAUUGCAGAUAUUUUCUGUGCUUCGAGUUCAAUUGAAAGCUCGCAAAUGUUGGGAAUGGAGUUCGGAGUGGAGCAGUUCGUGCUUGACAGUGAAUUUCCUUUUGAUUUUUAUUGAGUCUUAGAGGUUUACUUAUGAGUAAAUAGCUAGAAUAAUUGGUGUAUUUCAGCAAAGUUUUUGUUUUUAUUUGUAAAUUUUAUUGCCAGAUGAAUCAAACCUUAAAUGGCAAAAAGCUUCAGCAGAAUUCAGAAAGUGGGGGUUUUUAAGCUUAAAAGAAUGAUAGUAUAUGUCUUUAGUGAAAAUUUUCUGGUGGAGGAUGCAAUGAUUGAAUUUGAGCGAAGUUUGACAGAUGUUUUGGCUUAUUAAUGGCUGAUUUCUUAUAACAAACAGAGUUUGAGACAGCAUAUCCUUACCUU